UAAAGUACAUAUUUGCCCGCAGCGUCGCAUGAGCAGGAGUCUACCUGCUUUAUUAGAAACUUGAACUAGAAUUUAUUUAAUACAAAGAUUCAUAAUACACCCCAAACAAAGAAACGAGGGGAUGUUUUUGACAGGGCAUUGUAAAAUUAUGGAAAUUUCAUUCAUGUUGUUACAUGCGGUUACUUUGUUUCGUCCUGUUCAAACAGGUUUCAUCACUUGUGACCUUUGGCAAUAUCAGUGUGGCAAUGGAAAGUGUAUCACAUCCAGAUGGAUCUGUGAUGAAACUGAUGACUGUGGUGAUGGCACUGAUGAACUUCCUGCUGCCUGCUUGGCCAAAACCUGCAGACCCUCUGAAUUCAGCUGUGGUGGGCGACUCAACCAGUGCGUGCCCAAGAGCUGGAAGUGUGACAGCAAGGCAGACUGUGAGAAUGGAGCAGAUGAGGAAGGCUGUGCUCCUCGGCAGUGUAUACAUGGUGAAUUCCGGUGCGGCAGUGGCCAGUGUGUUUCGACUGCAUUUUUGUGUGAUGAGGAGGCAGACUGUGAUGAUGGCAGUGAUGAAGUCUCCUGCCCACCCACCACCUGUAGCUCAAGCUCCUUCAGGUGCAACAGUUCACAAUGUGUGCCUCAACUGUGGGUUUGUGACGGAGAUGCCGACUGUGACGACGGCUCAGACGAGUGGCCACAGAAAUGCGGUCCAGGGGCGUCUACGGCUCACAAAAAUCCCUGCUCUUCUAUGGAGUUCCAAUGCGGCAGCGGGGAAUGUAUACACAGUAGUUGGAAAUGUGAUGGGGGAGCAGAUUGUUUGGAUCGCUCGGACGAGAAAAACUGCUCCUUGCCCACAUGUCGACCGGAUGAGUUCCAAUGUGGUGACGGAUCUUGUAUCCAUGGCAGCCGGCAGUGCAACCAUGUAUACGACUGUAAAGAUUUAAGUGAUGAGCUGGGCUGUGUCAAUGCAACCCAUUGUGAAGCACCAUACAGGUUUAAGUGCCGUAGUGGUGAAUGUAUUAGCAUGGAAAAGGUUUGCGACAAGCAGCGUGACUGUAGGGAUUGGUCCGAUGAGCCCUUACGAGAGUGCGAUUCGAACGAGUGUCUAUACAACAAUGGAGGUUGCUCUCAUAUCUGUAAUGAUCUGAAGAUUGGUUAUGAGUGCCUGUGUUCCACCGGCUUCCAUUUGGUGGACAAGAGACGUUGUGAAGACAUCGAUGAGUGCGCCAACCCGGACACCUGCAGCCAAAUUUGCGUCAACCAGGUGGGCAGUUACAAGUGUGAAUGCGAGGAAGGCUACCAGAUGGAUCCUGCCAGCAAGGCCUGCAAAGCUAUUGGAACCAUCGCGUACCUAUUUUUCACCAAUCGUCACGAGGUGAGAAAGAUGACCCUGGAUCGUAGCGAGUACACACAAGUAAUUCCCCACCUGAAGAAUGUUGUGGCAAUGGACAUGAAUAUUGCAACCAAAGAAAUCUACUGGUCAGAUCUUUCCCUCAAGAAGAUAUACAGAGCACCAAUGGAAACAGCAUGUGACUCCUCUCAACACAGUGUUGUAAUUAGCAAUGGCUUAAAUGCACCUGAAGGUAUCGCCAUUGACUGGAUCCAUGGAAAUAUCUAUUGGACGGAUAGCAUCCAACGUGCCAUCUCAGUGGCAACAGCUGACGGAAGCAGACGCAAGACACUCUUUAGAGAAAACCUGGCCAAGCCACGUGCUAUUGUGGUCGACCCUAUUAAGAACUUCAUGUUCUGGACUGACUGGGGCACACCAGCCAAGAUUGAGAGAGGAGGUCUCAAUGGAGGUGACCGCAGUGCCCUGGUGACAGAUAACAUUGUCUGGCCCAAUGGAAUAACCCUUGACCUAGUAAACCAGCGUCUGUACUGGGUUGACUCCAAACUACACACACUCUCUAGUAUCAGUGUGCAGGGAGGUGGUCGGCGAACUCUAAUCAUAGACCAGGGCAAACUCGCCCACCCUCUGGGUCUCACUGUUUUUGAGGAGAAAGUGUUCUGGACGGAUGUAAGCAACAAUGCAAUUCUAAGUGCAAAUCGUGUGACGGGCAGAGACAUUAUAAAAGUAGCAGAACAUCUCUCAUCCCCUGAAGACCUUGUCCUGUUUCACAACCUCAAACAACCCAGAGGAAUAAACUGGUGCAGGGUCAGCAAUGGUGGGUGUGAGUUCCUGUGCCUAGCUGCCCCUCAAGUCAAUAGAUUCUCACCCAAGUACACUUGUGCCUGCCCAGACAACAUGAUGCUGGCCAAAGACAUGCAAAAAUGUGCUCCAGCUGUUGUAACACCAGCAGCUCCUGUCAGACCCAAAAUGCUUACAACUAGUCAUCCUCAAGUACCUUCAAAAACUUCACCAAAACCUGCUCACCCUACUACUACCAAAGUGCAACCUUCUACUACUCGUACUCCUGUACCCAUGAUACCUAGCAAGCCCACCACCCAAGCUGCCCCUACCAAGCCUUCCCAAACCACUACUGAACUUCCACUGUCCACCCAGACAGAUGAGCACAACAGUGAUGUUAAAGCCAUCUCAAAAACGUUGCCUUCGACACCGUUGGCCCUGUACAUUGUAGUGCCUCUUGUUGUCCUAGGUUUGGUUGCGGUUGGUGCGGUGCUGUUCUGGAGAAAGUGGCGACAGAAAAAUACCAACAGCAUUCACUUUGAUAAUCCGGUUUAUCAAAAGACUACUGAAGACCAGGUGCACUUAUGCAGAAACAAUAGUUCUGAUGGCUACUUUUACCCACAACGGCAGAUUGUGAGUCUUGAUGAUGAAAUUUGAUGAUGAAAUUGGCAUUGAGGUCCAUGCUGAAACUGACUGGAAAAGAGCCAUAUUUUACAUCUUACAUACUUGGAGGUCAAAAGAGACAUCUGGUGAACGAUGGAGAGUCCACACAAACUGCCUUGUCAUCAACAACAACCUCAACUUAGCACUUCCCUUUAUAUACAUGAUAGCUCUUCUCUAUAUACUGUAAAUCAAUUAUAGCACUUCUAUAAAUAUAAGUCGUAGCACUUCACUAUAAAUUAUAUAAAAAUGAGACAUAUAUACUACAGCACUUAAGAAUCAAAGUUUUAUUUUCUUGAGGUGUCCAUGAUAAGUUUUUGUGCUAGUUUAUUUUAUAAAGGGUUAAAAAAAAAACUCUUUAAACAAAAAUAUGGGAAGUUUUUUGUUUUGUUUUUGGCAGCGAUCACACAUUUUUUUAUGCACUAAUUCUUUUUUUUACUUGCCGAAGAAACUAAGCAAUUGAUGACAAAUCAUCCAUGCAGUAUUUGUAUUGUUAAAAAUGCUCAGUCAUAGAUGAAUCUAAUUCAUAGCUUAUGAUGCAGUAAAAUGAAUACUAUUAAUUAACUUUUAGAACGAAAUAAUCUUUCUUCCCCAACAAGAAGCACUUCAGCAUUAAUUUAAAAUGGACCAUUUACUAUGAAAAGCAGCACUUAAGCCAAGUUUAUAUUCUUAAGGUCCUUUACAUCUUUGUUUACAUCUUUUUAUUUUUUUUAACAACUCAUGUUUUUGUGCCAAAAUGGUCAUUGUUACACCUGAAACUGGUAGUUAACGGUUCGACCUAAAAUAACUUUUGUCUGUCCAACACCGGCUCAGUGUGUAGCUAUAGGAGCCGGUUAUUUUUUCAUAUGCAGUAUUGAUAUAAGGAUGAUUUUUGAUUAUCACAAUAUGUGAUUUAUCCAGUUCCGCAUUCCACAUUUUCUCAGGCACAAAUGAUUAUGUACAUUUUUUACCAUGCUUUAACUAUAUAACUGUAGUGUUAAAUAGUUUUAUUUGUGGUUGUAUUUUGGUGGAAAUGAUGUAGAUUAAUACUAAAUGUAUUUUAGAGCAUUGAGAGCAUUUUGCUUAAUUACAAUUAUGAUGGCCAUAAUUGUAGUUUCUAAAUGUGUUUAGGCUAUAUUUUAACAAAUCAUAACAAAUACCAGUUUGUUUUAUAGAAAUCGAUGAAGAGCCAUCCAUGGUUUUGCCUGUGAUUACUAUGCCUUAUUUUAAUAGUACAGGUAAACUUUGGUUAAACUGCUUGGAUGGUGACAUUAAACUCAAAAACACAUAAUGUUGACUUGUUUUUUGUUUUUUUACUUGCUUUGAUGAAGUUGCUUCGAUAGACAAGAUUAUCAAUAACUUUCUUUGCAAUUGUUUUACAUUCUCCAUGUGAAUGUGUAUAUAAUGUAUUCUUGUAUGUAAAUAUGUUUAUUGUUGCAUACUAUUACAGGCAAUUUGUAUUUUAAAUAUAGAGUCUUGUAUAUAAAGAAAUGUUUUAUUUAUUUUUAGAAUCUUUAGUUGGUAAUUGGCAUUCUGUUCUGUGUACCAUAUGUGAUUUUGUUUGUGUGUGAACAAUUGUUUAGAAUUAAAUAAUGUAUAAUGUUUCUGUACAUUCUAAUAGACUACUUAUGUAAAAACAUAGUUUAACAAAUUAUUAAUGUUUGGAUUUGUAUAUUACUGGUGCAUUUUCUGAUUAAUUGUCUGGUCAAUUGUUCAUGACUUGUAAGUAAUCUUAACUUGAAAUAAAAAUAUUUUGAAUA